UAUUCUUCAUCUCAUCUAGGGUUGCUUUACUGCUCUACUAUUCUGAGUGUGAGAUCGAGCUACUACAUUUCAUUUUUCAAAUUUCAACCAAAAAUGGUAGGUUUCUCGAUGCAGCCCUAUGGCAUACAGUCCAUGCUCAAGGAGGGCCAUCGCCAUCUCUCCGGCCUCGACGAAGCCGUCAUUAAGAACAUCGACGCUUGCAAGCAGCUUGCCGUCAUCACUCGCACCUCCCUCGGCCCCAAUGGUAUGAAUAAGAUGGUUAUCAAUCAUUUGGAUAAGCUUUUUGUCACAAAUGAUGCUGCAACAAUUGUAAAUGAGCUGGAGGUUCAGCAUCCUGCAGCAAAGCUUUUGGUUUUAGCUGGGAAAGCACAGCAAGAAGAAAUUGGGGAUGGAGCCAAUUUGACUGUUUCUUUUGCUGGGGAGCUUCUCCAAAAUGCUGAAGAACUUAUUAGGAUGGGACUGCAUCCAAGUGAGAUCAUUGUCGGAUACACAAAGGCAAUUAAUAAGACCAUUGAAGUACUUGAGGAAAUGGUUGAAAAAGGUUCUGAAAAUAUGAAUGUGAGAGACAAAGAUGAAGUAAUUACACGGAUGAGAUCCUCAGUAGCAAGCAAACAAUUCGGACAAGAAGAGAAGUUAUGCUCUCUCAUUGCUGAGGCUUGUAUACAAGUUUGCCCCAAGAACCCUGCAAAUUUCAAUGUGGAUAAUGUACGAGUUGCAAAGCUAUUGGGUGGAGGUUUGAAUAAUUCUCUAGUAGUCAGGGGCUUGGUGUUGAAAAGUGAUGCAGUGGGAACUAUAAAGAGAUUGGAAAAUGCCAAGGUUGCAGUUUUUGUUGGGGGUGUUGAUACAACUGCAACUGAAACAAAAGGAACUGUUCUUAUUCAUAGCGCUGACCAGCUUGAGAAUUAUGCAAAAACUGAAGAAGCUAAGGUUGAGGAGCUUAUCAAAGCAGUUGCAGAUUCAGGUGCAAAGGUCAUUGUUAGUGGAGCAGCUGUUGGGGAAAUGGCAUUGCAUUUUUGUGAGCGCUAUAAGCUCAUGGUGUUAAAGAUCAGCUCUAAAUUUGAACUACGGCGGUUUUGCCGCACCACUGGUGCAGUUGCUCUUUUAAAGCUAAGUCAGCCAAAUCCAGAUGAUCUUGGAUAUGUUGAUUCUGUUUCAGUGGAGGAGAUUGGCGGGGCAAGAGUUACAGUUGUAAAAAAUGAGCAAGGAGGAAAUUCUGUUUCCACUGUUGUACUGCGAGGGAGCACUGAUAGCAUAUUGGAUGAUCUAGAAAGAGCGGUCGAUGAUGGCGUGAAUUCAUACAAGGCUAUGUGCAGGGAUAGUCGAACAGUACCUGGAGCAGCAGCUACUGAGAUUGAAUUAGCUAAAAGACUGAAAGAAUUUUCUCUAAAAGAAACAGGGUUGGAUCAGUAUGCAAUAGCAAAAUUUGCUGAAAGUUUUGAAAUGAUCCCCAAGACACUGGCUGAAAAUGCUGGUCUCAAUGCUAUUGAAAUCAUAUCAUCUUUGUAUGCUGAGCAUGCAUCUGGUAACACCAAAGUGGGCAUUGAUUUGGAGGAAGGUGCCUGCAAGGAUGUGUCUACCAUGAAAAUAUGGGAUCUCUACAUCACCAAGUUCUUUGCUCUAAAGUACGCCGCAGAUGCUGCUUGUACUGUCCUGCGUGUGGAUCAGAUCAUUAUGGCAAAACCGGCCGGUGGUCCAAGGCCGCCUGCUCAAGGAGCUAUGGAUGAAGAUUAAGUUGGUGGUGGCAAUAUAUAUAGUUGGUCGAUGUAAUUCUGUAUUGCAGACUGACGCAUUUUAGAAAUAUUGUUACCCGUGAGAUGUUUAUUUGUGUUUGUCCCUCCAUUUUUGCUUGGAUGGGGAAAGUUUUGAAGAAUCUCAAACUUGCCAUAUAUUUAUCCUGUGCUCUGAUGAAUCAUGGUAUGCAGUCUGCUUUGUGAGAUCA